CACGAGCCAGCCACGCGACCGAGCAACCACGUUGCAAGAAUUCAAAACUCACUCAAUAGGCUGAUUUCAUAUCCUUCAGACCGCUCAAUUCAAUAUUUGGCACCAUCUUACGCGUAGUCGACACGCAAGGUACGGGAAAGUUUCUUCCCCUCAAUGCUGCCCGGAAUUUUACAACCAUCAUCUUUACGAAUCGAAAUGAUUAUUGCUCGUCAGAACUAUAUAGUGCCAACCAUUUGCCAGGCUUAUGAACAGCUUUCCCCCUCUCAAUCACAAUAUCUUUUCUCAUCCCCCCUUCGCCCGUGCCGCUCAGGUCCGAAUCUACCUCGACACACCCCUCUCUAAGGCCGCUGACUCGAUCAGAUGCCUGCGUCUGCCCACAUGAAUGCGUUCACCCUGUACGACCUCUCCGGUAGUCUCACAUCUGAUAAUGAGUUUAGAGACUCGGAGGCGCGCUCAGCCUACUACUGCCAAGUUCUGAGACAGAACCCACUUUCGACAAAAAUCAUCCGUAUGGCGGACUGGCCACUGCAGUCGCUGAAAGACCCUGCCAGCGCCUGGCUGUAUUUUACCUCAACCGACAAGAUGGAGGGGUACAUUAAAUUCGGAUCGCGAUGGUUUACCGGACUAGAUGGCGGGAAGUACAAGUGGAAACCAGCUUCGCGCUCGUUACAUUGCUACGAUGAGAACGAGCGGCUAUUGGCGGUUUAUGAGUACGGCGUAGAUGAUGUCUACUUCGCGAAGCUGGAUAUCAAACAAGGUGCCGAAGACAUGGUGAUAGAAAUCAUCACGACAUUGUUGUUGAAUCGUCACAACAUUCAUCGCUCCCCGUAAUUUUGCCGCUUCAGGAGGGGGGGGGAGAGACCUUGGAGCCUUUCGUGGCUUGUUAUUUCCUAAGAUUUCAGUUUACGAAUAUGGCUUGU